UUUAAUAAAAGUACAAAAUUACAUUGUUUAUGUAAAAAUAUGUCCUUAACAUCGUUUGUAUGCUACUAUGGGUCGUUGUUGAUGUGUAUAUCACUUGGGAGCCAUUACAAGAAUAUUGCUGGCAGUGAAACGAGACGGAAUUUCGGGACUGGACUGGGGGUGUUGAUAACUUUUCUGAUAUGUGGUCAGUAUAUCUACCAUACACUGAUGAUGGUUUGGGUGAAUAUCCUUAUCAUAAAAUGCUGCGAUAGAAGUAACAUUCACCUGCUAAGUCUGCUUUACACCUGGAGUCAUCUGUUGUACUUGCACUACCAAGUGCCAGAUAUUUACAUCAUCUGGUUGCACCAAAUGCAAGCUUUGAAACUUGUCGGCUUGGCGUUUGAAAUCAACGCGAAUACCAUCUAUAGCAGAGCCAAAGAGAACGUUAUAUAUUUUAGAAUUGACGCCAAUGAGCCUAUAUGUGAAGCGCCCAGUACUUCAGAUAUUGUAGCUUAUUCAUUCUGUUUCAUUGGACUGCAUAAAGGUCCGUACUUCAGAUGGAAAAUCUAUUCAGACCAUUUUGAACAACCUUUCAGUAAACUAUCUCAGUGCUGGGAUAUUACUGAACUCAAGAUAACGAAGGCUUGCAUUUUCAUGCUCAUUUAUCUACUGAUGAGGUCCAAAUAUUCCACACAGCUAUAUCAAAGUCCUGCGUUUUAUACAAAAUACGGAAUGGACUUUCGUUUCCUAUACAACAUUCCUCUAAGUAUAAUGUACGUGUUGCGGUACGAGGCGGCCGCGUUUCUCGUCACGAGCGUCUGCACUGAGACGGGGUUUGGCGUCUACCCGCAAAAGAGUUUACCCAUACCCGGCCAUGGACCAAUGGAGAGUACUGAUAUUUUACCCGCAAUAGACAAAGACGAAAUAGAAGAGGAGUUUAGCUUCGCUUCGUUGAAAUGUUUUUCGAACAAGAAGGUCUUGGUCGGGCCACGGAUGAAAGACACGAUUCGCGGCUGGGACAUGCCGACUCGAUACUGGUUCUGGGCUAACAUUUACAAGGGACUCAUUAGGUCUAACAAGGAAAUAAGAAGUGCGAUGUCGUUUAUGGCAUGGACGAUCUGGUGCGGGCCGACGCUGCCCAACUGCAUACUGUCCAGCACACUGUGGGUGUACUUACAGCUGGAAGCAGAAUACAUGAGCCUGUACGAUACACAGGGAUCUAUGAAAGUACCAUGGGACAUCGGAUUCUCCAUCAUGCGCCUUUUCUGUCUGAUCUACAUCACACCGUGUCUAGUUCUAGACGACACUAGAACUGUCCUGCGCUACUACAACUCUAUAUUUUGGGUGUACCAUAUUAUUUUACUUGUGUUGAUGGGCGUGUCUGUAGUGGUACAUAAAGUUAAACGGGUCCAUUCGUAAUGUUUUGCAUGUUUGUGUUGUGUUAUAUUUAA